CCGAGUGUGAGAACUAAGGACAUCGGCGAUGCUGGCGACUCUGGAACUGGACUACUUCAGGGCGGUGUCCCUCUACCGUCGCCGCUCCUACGAGCGCUGUGCCGAGCUGUGCAACGCACUCCUGCAGGCCGGUCACGAUGGCCAUGUCCAACUGUUCACCACCAAGGAGGAGGAGGAGGAGCACCAGCAGCAGCCGCAAAAGCAGCAGCAGCAGAAGCAGCAGGCGGAGCACAGCAGAUUCGGUAGCAAUUUGCAACGCAUUGGCCCUAGGCCAAGGGGAGCAGCUGGAGGAGGAGCCGGGGCAGCCGACGCUGGGCCGUCCAUCACGAUGCCCACUUGGCUGAUGGAGGGCGUGUGGCAAUUAAAGAUGCGCGCUCUGACGCAGCGCGUGUACGUGGACGACCUGGACGAGGACGAUGUCGGGAACGAGGCCAACGAGGAGGUGGAGUUCGAGCGCAUUGCCACUGCUGCUCGACCAGGAAGCAGCAUAAAGACCGCUUUCCAGCCACGCCCCCUUACCAGUCAGAGGGCGCAGCAGGCGAGGAGCAGGGGUUCCGGAGUGGCCCACUCCAGUGAUGGCCGCCUAAACAGUUCCCGGCCAGGAUCGGCGGCAGUGGCUCGUCCUGGAACGAGUCUCAGUCGACCCGGCUCCUCGCUGGGAUCUCGUUGCGGAACCGCCUCCAGGAUUCGAGCCACCUCGGCAGCGGCUUUCAACGUAGGUGAUGCCACUUCGAAACUCUACCAAGCGUCCCGCCUUAAUCCCACCAUAUACGCCGAACGGGAAACGCUGGUGAAGGCCCUGUUCCAGUUCCUCUACUACCACGAGGCGGAUGUGCAAAAGGCCCACUCCCUGUGUCAGGCGGUGCUGGAAGUGGAGCGCCAGAAGCCUAGUGGAUCCACUGGAUGCACCUUGUCCUGGUGGUGGCAACAGCAGAUGGGCCGCUGUCUCCUUGCCCUGCAUUAUCCUCGCAGAGCGGAGCCCUUUCUUCAGCAAUCCCUGGCCAGCUUUCCCCAUCCGGACACCUAUCUACUCCUCUCCAGAGUAUACCAAAGGAUAAAGCAGCCCGAGCGGGCUUUAUCCGUGAUCGGCGAAGUGGUGGACUCGCGUCCCUUUGACAUCACCUACCGGCUGGAGCAGGCGAGAAUCCACCAGGCCAUGGAGCAGCAGGAGGACGCACUGCAGCUCUACAGACUAGUGGCCAAACUGCAUCCAAUCAAUGUGGAAUCUCUGGCCAGCAUUGCCGUGGGCUACUUCUACGACAACAAUCCGGAAAUGGCGUUGAUGUACUACCGGAGGAUUCUGUCCUUGGGCGCCCAGUCCCCUGAGCUCUACUGCAACAUAGCGCUGUGUUGCCUGUAUGGUGGGCAAAUCGACUUGGUUCUGCCGUGUUUCCAAAGAGCUUUGGCCAUGGCUACCCAACCCGGUCAAAAAUCAGACAUCUGGUAUAAUCUCAGCUUUGUGGCGGUGACUUCUGGUGACUUCAACCUGGCCAAGAGAUGCCUCCAACUGUGUCUCACAUCAGAUGCCCAGAAUGGAGCUGCACUCAAUAACCUGGCUGUGUUGGCUGCUCAGUCGGGAGACAUUUUGGGGGCCAAGUCCUAUCUGAAUGCAGCCAAGGAUGUGAUGCCCGAUGCCUCGGAGGUAACCACCAACCUGCAAUUCAUGGAUGUGCACUACAAGCUAUAAAAGCUUAACUAACU